UACUACUACUACUACCAAUACUACUACUAGUACUACUACUAAUUAUUAGUACCCCUGUAACAUCCCAUAUACUAUCAAAAAAUUAAUAAUCUUCUACUUAUAGUUAAUGAUAUACUUAAUAUGCUCAAUACACGUGGUUACCAUUUUGAAGAAAAAUACCUUCUUUUUUUUUUCUUUUGCAUCAUUGACUAGUUACUUAUUCAUUAUUGGUGUAGAUUAAUUGAAUCCGACUAAUAUCGUAGAUCUUAGAUAUCUAGUAUCCAACUUACUUACUUAAUAGAUAAUUUUAUUUAGUUAGUAACAAUUCACAUAUAUUUUUUUUGGUACUAUUAUGAUCACUUUCUUGUCUGUAUAAAUGUGUACACACUAGAUAACAUGUGACAGCCUACACAUAUAUCUCUUACUAGAUUAAAUGUUAAUGGCUUAUAUAUGGUUCAAUGUAUUAUUCUCUUCUAGAUAUUAUAUAUAAGUAUUGGGAUCCUAUUAUUUGCCUUUUGCUUUAGCUAGCCACGCCUUCAUCGAUUUGACUAUUUGUUUGAACACACACACACUUUUCCCCCCUGUCUGCUUCACAUUCACUCGAUAUGCUUAUAACUUUGUUUUUUUUGUUCUAUUCACUAAUAAACUAUAGUUGCUGCUUCUUAUUGGCUUCUGAUUUUAAACACCGUUGAGAUUUAAAUAAUAACGGUUAGAAAGCAAAACGAUUUAAUUAUUAUUAUCAUUAUAUAAAUUUAUCAACAAUAAACUACUACUACUACUAAUACUACUGAUAAUAAUAAUGCUAAAUCCAGAUGAACUUGAUGCCAUUGAAAAAUUAAAUGAAUUAUGUGAAAAAGAAGAAAAAUUAAAUAAACAAUCAAUAAAAAAGAAUCAUAAAACUCAUCAUCAUCAUCAUCAUCAUCAUGAUGAACAUCAACACCAACCACAUCAUCAUCAUCAUCAUCAUCACCAUAGCAACAAUAAUAAUAAUUUAUCAUCUAUAUUUCAUUGUAGUGAAACACGUACAAUUAAAUCAACUAAUUCAUUAAACAAUACUACUAAUAAUAAUACUACUGAUAACAAUACUACUAAUAAUAGUAAUAAUACUACUAAUAAUAGUAAUGAUAAUAAUAAUAAUAAUAAUAAUCAUUUAAUUCCAACUGGUUUACCUAGAAUACAAACUAAAAUCAGUAUUAAAAUUUUAAAUACUAAUUGUUGUAUUACAAUUAAAUUAGAUCCAACUACAAUAAUGAAUACUGUGAAAGCAAUGUAUAAUUUAAAUGAACAAAUUAUUAUUAUUGGUUAUCAACGUUUAAUUAUAUUAAAUACAUUAGAACAAUUACCAAUUACAUUUAAUGGUAUCAUUGAACAAAAUGAUCAUUUUAAUUAUAAUUUAAUUACAUAUAUUGAACAUAAAUAUAAAAUUAAUUUAAAUAUGUAUUAUUUAAAUUCAACGCGGGUAAAACAAAAACAAAAUAUUGUUUAUAUUAUAAUACCAAGGAAACUAACAUCUCAUGAUAAUAUAUAA